AUGUCCGCACCUGAGAUCGAUAUAAUUACCAAAGAGGUCCUACCGGAGAGCGAACUCAAAAAUGGUCAAAUGAAAACCGUCGAAUUUGGUGAAGGUAAAGUCUUACUUUCAAAGAUCAAGGGAAAGAUCUAUGCCACCUCGGCCUUCUGUACGCAUUACGGUGCUCCCCUUGAAAAGGGUGUCCUUUCUCACGAUGGUAGAGUCGUAUGUCCCUGGCACGGAGCAUGCUUUAACGUCUGUUCGGGAGACAUCGAAGAUGCGCCAGGUCUCGAUAGUCUAUGGAAGUUCUCGGCGACAGUCAACAACGGACAGAUCGUCGUAUCGGCAAAUCACCAAGAAGUCAAAUCGAAGGUCGGCAGAAUCGUCCCUAAGUCCAGAACAAAGGGAACAGGUAGAAAAGAAAAUGAAACUGUUGUCAUCGUCGGUGGUGGUUCGGGUGGUAUUCACACUGUUGAAAGUUUGAGAAUGAACGAUUUCCAAGGAGACAUCGUCUUGAUCUCUGAGGAGACCUACGCACCCAUCGAUCGAACCAAAAUGUCCAAAGGUCUUGUAGACAACGCUGAAAAACUCGCUUGGCGAAAACCCGAAGAGUUGAAGAGUGAUUUCGGUGUUGAUUUCCACCCUGGUACAUCCGUUACAAAAGUCGAUUUCUCUUCGCAAAGCGUGACCACCUCAUCUGGUCAAACACACAAAUACGACCAUCUCGUUCUCGCACCCGGAGCCAAGCCCAAGAAAAUCCCAAUUGACGGAGCAGACUUGGAUGGAGUAGUGACAUUACGAUAUGUCCAAGAUACCCAGAAGAUCACUUCUGCAAUCACGAAAGAUUCAGAUAUUGUUCUGAUUGGAACUUCAUUUAUCUCGAUGGAAGCUGCCGGUGCGAUCUUGAAGAAAGAGCCUAAAUCUGUUACGUUGGUAGGUAUGGACGAAACCCCUUUCGAAAAGAUUUUAGGUAAAGGUAUUGGUAAUGCUGUCAUGGAGAAUAUGAAGAAGCAAGGUAUCAAAUUUUACAUGAAGGCUGAAAUUGAGAAACUCGCUCCUUCAGAAUCUAACCCUUCACAUGUCGGUUCCAUUCACGUUAAAGGCCAAGACCCCAUCCCCGCUAACUUCGUAAUUAUGGGUACUGGAGUCGCACCAGCCACGUCAUUCCUCGAAGGUGUCGUAUCAUUAGAGAAAGAUGGAGGUGUCAAAGUAGAUGAAUAUCUGAGACUCGAAGGACAAAAGAACGUCUACGCUAUUGGUGAUAUUGCUCAUUAUGUGCAAUACCCUGACAAGUUCCCAAGAAGAGUGGAACACUGGAACGUUGCUGGUAAUCAUGGACGAGAAGUAGCACAUAACAUCACUCAUCCGGAUGAUCAAGUCGCUUAUACCAAGGUGCCGAUCUUCUGGUCCUCGAUCGGUAAAGGGUUGAGAUACCUCGGUACUGGUGCGGGAUUCGAUGAUUCUUACACUGAUGGUAAUAUCGAUGAACUCAAGUUCGCGACAUACCAAGCUAAGAACGGUAAGAUCACAGCUGUAGCUACGAUGCAAAGGGAUCCUAUUGUCGCCAAGGCCAGCGAAUUGAUGAGAUUAGAUAUCAUGCCUAGUCUGGAUGAAAUCAGAAAUGGUAAGAAUAUCUUGGAAAUUGAAUUGAUCGAUAAAGGUGGAAACAAAGUAUGA